AUGACGAAACAUGUCAGUUGAAGUUCUACUGGAAAACGUCUUCACAGAAUUAGGAGAAGGUCCCCAUUGGGACGAAGCAGCACAAACAUUGUAUUUUGUAGAUAAUUUAGGUCAAAAAGUUUUCUCGUGGAAUUACAGAACCAAAGAAGUACAGACGAUUCAGUUAGAAAAAUAUGUAGGGUUUAUAAUUCCACGUGCCAAGGGUGGCCAUGUGAUUGGUUAUGAAAAAACAAUAUCAUCAUUAGACUGGGAUACAAAGAACGUCAGUUUGAUCACGGAAGUUGAUAACAAUGUUAAUACAAAAGUGAAUGAUGCGAAGUGUGAUGCAAGGGGACGUUUAUGGUUUGGGACAAUGGGAGUAGAAAUGUCUAAGGCAGGACAUGGCUCUUUAUAUUGUUUAUAUACUGACGGUACAGUGAAGAAACAUAUGGACAAAAUCGCCAUAUCUAAUGGACUGGUAUGGUCUUCUGAUAAUAAACGGAUGUAUUACAUAGACUCAAUACCUGGGAAAGUUUAUGGAAUGGACUACGAUAUAGAGACUGGGACAUUCAAUAAUGAGAAAGUUAUCAUAGACUUCAAAGCCAUAGGAACUCUAGGUUUUCCUGACGGAAUGACUAUUGACACAGAAGACAAGAUAUGGGUGGCUUGUUUCAAUGGUGCUAAAGUUGUUAGAUUUGAUCCUGUUACGGGGGGACAAUUGCAAUCCAUCGAUUUUCCCGCUAAAAGAAUAACAUCUUGCUGCUUUGGUGGACCGAAUUAUGACGAGUUAUUUGUCACGUGUGGUCGUUCAGGCGCCCCAGAACAAGAACUUAAAGAUUUCCCACUAUCUUGUUCUCUAUUCAGAGUUACGGGCCUUGGUGUGAAAGGCUCAAAACCGAGUGUUUACGAAGGAUAAUGCUCUGAUGGAUAACAUUUUUCCAAUUGAGAAUACGAGAUCGAAUUGUUAAUGACAAACGAUAGCCGUCAAGACACAAGCAAUCAUUUACUUCAAUAUAUACUUCUGUUCCGUAUUUUACAUCAA